CGUGGGGCCCCCUCUGCAGGUGUCGACCUCGUGUGUGCCUGUGACAUCCGCUACUGCAGCCAGGACGCGUGGUUCCAGGUGAAGGAGGUGGACAUUGGGCUGGCGGCCGACGUGGGCACUCUGCAGCGUCUCCCCAAGAUCGUGGGCAGCCAAAGCCUCGUCAACGAGUUGGCCUUCACCGCUCGCAAGAUGAUGGCCCCCGAAGCGCACAGCUGCGGCUUGGUGAGCCGUGUUUUCCCAGAUAAGGCUGCGUUGCUGCAGGGAGCUCUGGAUUUGGCCGCCUCCAUUGCAGCCCGCAGCCCCGUGGCCGUGCAGGGCACCAAGGUGAACUUGCUGUACUCGAGGGAUCACCCGGUGCCUGACAGCCUGCGCUUCAUGGCUGCCUGGAACAUGAGCAUGCUGCAGACGGACGACAUCCUGAAAUCAGUGCAGGCAGCCAUGGAGAAGAAGGGCCCUGAGGCCGUCACUUAUUCCAAACUGUAGGGUCAGAACAACCCCCCCAACCCCAAAAUAAACCUGGUCCUGUGCCCCA